AUGAUGUUAGCGAUGAGUGUCCGCAGAGGGGCUCCGUGGGGGGCCGGGGCUGUCUGGAUUCCGAGGGUUGUGCUGCGGCAGAUCAGUUCGUUCCCUGUAUACUCCUUCCCUGCGGAAGUGAAGGUUGUUGAGGUUGGACCUAGGGAUGGAUUACAGAACGAGAAGACAAAUGUACCGACAGAAGUGAAAAUCAACCUUAUUAACAUGCUAUCCGAAUCUGGGUUGAAAUCAAUUGAAGCAACAAGCUUCGUAUCUCCAAAAUGGGUUCCUCAGAUGGCAGAUCAUGUGCAAAGGUUAUGCAAUGGGAAUGUGAAAAAAAUAUCCCAGUGUCAGCUAUCCCGUUCUAACUCCAAACCUCACUGGAUUCCAGGCAGCGGUUGAAUGUGGUGCCAAAGAAGUGGCCAUAUUUGGAGCAGCUUCUGAACUCUUUAGUAAAAAGAAUAUUAACUGCACCAUAGAAGAAAGUUUGCAGAGAUUCCAAGCCGUGACUGAUGCAGCAAAAGAAGCCAAUAUACCUGUGAGAGGGUAUGUGUCUUGUGUUCUUGGGUGCCCAUACGAGGGGAAAAUAUCGCCAAGUAAAGUGGCAGAGGUGGCACACAAGAUGUUCUCUAUGGGUUGCUAUGAGAUUUCUUUAGGGGACACAAUUGGUGUGGGGACACCAGGCAGUAUGAGAGAUAUGUUGACUGCUGUCCUAGAUGUUAUUCCAUCUAAAGCCUUAGCUGUUCACUGCCACGACACAUACGGACAGGCUCUGGCCAAUAUACUUGUAGCACUGCAGAUGGGAAUACAUGUGGUGGAUUCCUCGAUUGCUGGCUUGGGAGGAUGUCCUUAUGCACAAGGAGCUUCAGGAAAUGUGGCCACAGAAGAUGUGGUUUACAUGCUUCAGGGUCUUGGCAUUCAAACGGUAUGUAUAAAUAAUCUUUAUUUUGAUGACCCUUUCAUAAUGAGCCAUUAUGUCCCUGCUGUCAUGUUGUCUCCAAAAUGUAACCAUGCUUCAGAGAAAACUCUGGACAAGCGCAGUAUACAUUAA